AUCACACACUACACUGAUUAGCUUCAAGAGUGAUGGAACAGCUACAGUAAUUCAUUUACUCGGUUGCAGUUGUAAGUAUGGCUCAGACUGAGAAGAAAACAGGACUUCUGAGGAGAACAUCCUCAUCCAAGAAGCCACUGAAGGAGAAAGUGGUGCUCAUGUAUGAGGAGAUAUUUGCGAAAGAAGACCCUACCAAGAACAACCCUCGCUUCUGGGACGAGCUCUUUCUGAUGAAGGUGAACCUGGAGUAUCUGGAAGGGAAGUUGGAGUCUCUGGAUGGGGAUGAAGUCAUGAAAGUCAAAGACAACAUCAACAGUUUGUUCCAUCACUGUGUUCAAGCCCUGAGCGAAGAGCACCAGAUCAAAGUAGUCAACGCACUCCAGACUCUCUGUGCGCUCUUUAGAGGAGUUCACCAAAAGAACAAAUCGGCCACAGGCUUCGACAUCAUCAAUAUGCUGAUGGGCUUUGACAAAGCAGAGCUCAGGAUGAAGGAGCUAAUGGAGAGCCUGGACAGUCUGCUGUGCGGUGACGGGUCAGAGAGUCUGAAGAGCUUGUGUCUGAAGCUGCUGCUGUGUCUGGUCACUGUCACAGAUAAUAUUAGUCAGAACACCAUACUGGAGUAUGUGAUGAUCAACAGUAUAUUUGAGGCCAUUCUGCAGAUUCUCUCCGAUGUUUCCAGUCGAUCUCAGCACGGCUACGAUGCAGUGGUGCUUUUAGCUCUACUGGUCAACUACAGGAAGUAUGAGUCUGUGAAUCCGUACAUUGUCAAACUGUCAAUAGUGGAUGACGAGCCGACCCUUGAUGGCAUGGGAAUGGUCAUCCACCACGCACUUACGGACUACAACAGGCAGUAUAAAGACAAAGAAGAAGAAAACCAGGGAGGGUUUUUCUCCACCCUUACCAGCAUGGUGGGCAGUAUGUUCAUCGCUGACGCAGACGAGAAGCUGUCAGUGCAGACUAAUGAAGCCAUCCUGCUCGCUCUGUAUGAGGCCGUACAUCUCAACAGAAACUUCAUCACUGUUCUCGCGCAGAGUCAUCCAGAUAUUGACAUGUCAGCAACCCCCGCUGCUCCUGUCCCAGCCUCUCCCACAACCCCGCUGGGCACGACUCCGCCCUCUCUGGACAUGAUGAAUAAUCCUGAGCUUCCUCUUGACCCGAACUUGCAGACAAGUAAUCUUCUUAUAACGUUCCUGAAAUAUUCCUCCAUCAUAAUGCAGGACACCAAAGACGAACACAGACUCAACAGCGCCCGACUGUGCCUCAUCAUUCUGACCUGUAUAGCUGAGGACCAGUACGCCGAUGCCUUUCUCCAUGAUGAUAACAUGAACUUCAGGGUCAACUUGCACAGAAUGCCCAUGAGACACCGAAAGAAAGCCGCAGAUAAGAACGUCCCCUCCCGACCUUUAGUGUGUGCGGUUCUGGAUCUGAUGGUCGAGUUCAUUGUUACUCAUAUGAUGAAGGAAUUCCCUAUGGAUCUCUAUGUGCGCUGCAUUCAAAUAAUUCACAAACUGAUCUGCUACCAGAAAAAGUGCCGAGUUAGACUGCACUACACGUGGAGAGACUUCUGGUCAGCUCUCAUUAACCUUCUGAAGUUCCUGCUGUCGAACGAGACCAUCCUUCUGGCAAAGCACAACAUCUUCCAGCUGGCUCUCCAGGUGGUGAACCUCUUUAAUAUGUUCAUCACAUAUGGAGACACGUUCCUGCCCACCCCCAGCAGUUACGACGAGCUCUAUUAUGAGAUUAUACGCAUGCAUCAGGUGUUCGAUAACCUCUACUGCAUGGUGCUGCGAGUCUCCACCAACGCUGGCCAGUGGAAGGAGCCCGCUAGUAAAGUUACGCACGCUCUCGUCAACGUCAGAGCAAUUAUUAACCAUUUCAAUCCUAAGAUUGAGUCGUACGCUGCUGUGAACCACAUCUCACAGCUCUCAGAGGAUCAGGUGCUGGAGGUGGUCCGGUCGAACUACGACACACUAACCCUGAAGCUGCAGGACGGCCUGGAUCAGUUCGAGCGCUAUUCAGAGCAGCCCAGAGAAGCUGGCUUUUUCAAGGAGCUGGUGCGCUCCAUCAGUCUGAACGUGAGGAAGAACGUGUCUCUGAGCACCAUGAGUCAGGAUCUUCUGCUGAAGGAAUUCUCCUCUAUAUCCUGAAACAACAGCACCGUUGACCUGUGUUUAGGACCUUCAUUCUGACAUUUCUC